UUUCUCCUCAGUAGGAAUUGAGAACAUGCUCUGGUGAACACCACCACCACACCAUACUUUCUAGAACCAACUUUCCAAACCUGGGAAUAAUCUCUCCCUCCCAUGUAUCCCUGGUCUUACAGGAGAUUACGCCCGAAUAUUCUAGAGCAGGUGGGGAGGUUGAGGGAUUAGCGUGCACAGAAUAAAGUGACUGCCGUCAACCUGGCUAAUCCAGCCAUCUGUCAGAGAGCAGGAGGGACGAACCUGCCCAACAGGACAACUGAGGUUGCCUUCACCAGAGAGACUAAUUACACCACACAGACUCCUCGCAUGUUCAGCAGAGACACAUACACACACAGAUAGUAAUUAACACCAACAGGACUAAGACACACACUGGCUUUUUUGUUGUUGCAAGAGAGUCACAAAGAUAUUGAGACUGAGAGGGAAGACGCGUUGAUCGCUCAGAUACACACACACAGCUGAGCUAUAACCUCACAGAAGCUACUGCUUGGCUGCAGUGUUUCUCUACCCAAACCAGGACAUGGAGGAGACCUACCUGCUCAACCACCCUGGGGUGAAGAAGAAGAUCCUGAGUGGAGGACGGGGCCCCAUGCCUCACUUUCCUCCUGGGACUAAGUUGGUGUUCCACUUCCAAACACUGAAGGAUGAUUUUGAGAGGACGGUGAUUGACGACAGCCGUUUGGCCAAGCGUCCUAUGGAGAUCUUCGUGGGGAAGAUGUUCAAAAUUGAGGUGUGGGAGGUGCUGCUGUCCUCUAUGCGCAUCGGAGAGGUGGCCGAGUUUUGGUGCGAUGCCGCUCACACAGGCCUGUACCCCAUUGCGUCCAAGGGCAUGCGCCUGAUUGCCCAGGGCAAAGACCCCCUGGAGGGCCAGAAGCACAUGUGUGGUAUGGGCAACAUGUACAACUACCACUCCACCGGCUACCCAGAGCUAGAUGAGCUGAUGAGAAUGCCCCAGCCGCUAAUCUUCAUCCUGGAGCUGAUAGAGGUGGGAGACCUGAUGUCAUACAAGCGGGAGUCCUGGAUGAUGAAGAAGGAUGAGAAGCUCAAGUCUGUGCCACCGCUGCACAAGGAGGGCAAUACCCUGGUCAAGCAGGGGCGCUUCCGUGAGGCCGCCACCUGCUACCAGGAGGCAGUGGUGACGCUGCGUGCCGCUCAGUCCAGAGAGAAGCCUGGGGAUGAAGACUACAUAAGCCUGGCCAGGCUCAUCAUCCCCCUGGUGCUCAACUACUGUCAGUGUAUGCUGGAGCUGGAGGAGUACUACGAGGUGAUUGAACACACCACAGAGCUGCUGGAGAAGCACAAAGACUGUGUGAAGGCCUACUAUAAGAGGGCCAAGGCACACGCCGCCGUGUGGAACGAGAAGGAGGCCAGGAAGGACUUCCACAUGGUGGCCGCGUUGGACAUCACCCUGAGUCGCCUGGUGUGGCACGAGAUCCAGAAGCUCUCGGAGACGAUGAAGGAGAAGUACAAGGAGGAGAAGGAGCAGUACUGGAACAAGCUGAAGGAGGAAAAGGGGGAGACGGAGAAGAAAGAUGUGGAGGACGAAGAGGGGAAGGAGGAAGAGGAAGGGGAGGAUGAUGAGGUUAGCCUGACUGGGAUGGUGAAGUUGAAGGAGAUCGACGCAGAGAACUUGAAAAUCGAGUCCAAGGCCGAAGCCAAAGAGGAGGCAGCCACCAAUGAGAAGCCAGCGGGAGGUUUGGACGGUAAGGUGGGGGCCAAUAAGAACACACCAUUGGAGUUACAAGGUAAAGAUUGGCAGCAUAUGUUGAAGCUCACCAUGCACCUCCAAAAGGAGGGGAACCUCUACAUGUCGGAUCGCCACCAUGACGUUGCUGCUGAAAAGUUCAGGGAGGCUCUGGAGUAUGUGAAUUGCCUUCAAACCAAGCGGGUUGAGUAUAAAGGGGAGGACUGGGAGUCUCUGGAGAAAGUGCGCGUGCCACUCACGCUCAACCUGAGCCAGUGCUGCCUGGAGCUGCGUGAGUACGAGCAAGUGGUGGAGCUCACCGAUCGGCUGCUCAAGAGACACAAAGGCAGCAUGCGGGCGCUGUACCAGCGUGCCCGUGCCCACGCAGCUCUGUACCACGAGGAGGAGGCCAGGGAAGACCUGGCCAAGAUCCAGCGCCGCUACCCCAAAUUCAAGCCUGUCGUCCACCACGAGCUGAGGAAACUCGGCCAGAACAUCCGAGACAAGAGCACCAAAGACAAGAAGAACUACUGGUCCACCAUCGAGGACAAGUACGGCUCGGCCGACAAGGCACAGGCGGCCAAGAAGGCGGCCAAGAAGAAGAAAGUGGUCAAGUGGACGGACCAGGCAGCGAAGAAGGAGGCUGCGGCAGAGGAGAGCAAGGAGGGGCAGAAGGAGGGGAGCGAUGAGAAGAAAGAGGGGAGCGAAGCGGUUGCUGGAGAAGCAGUGGCAGGGUCCGAACACACAUCUACAAAGCAGGUCAAAGCCCCAGCUGUAGCUGGCGCAGGGGAAGAUAAAGCUGACAAAACACCCAGAUCAGGGGAGGAUAAAACGUCCGAGGGAGCCCCAUUAACUGCUGCGGCCUCAGCAGCCAGUGAGAUCUCCAAAGGGAUCAAAGAGGCCAAUGAGAUCAAAGCGCAGUGUGAGAUUAAGGGAGACUCGACCAAUGAGAAUCCCCCUGAUGCAGCCGGCAGUACAGUUCAAACAGCGUCUGCUAACAAGGUAGAGCUAGCUCCAGACGCCGGAGCUGGGGGCUGUGGGGCAGAAGGUGGGGUGGAGACAGACAGGUUAGCCGAGCAGACAGACAGGGCAGGGGAGAAGGAGAAGGAUGGCACGGGGGCGAAACAGGACGUGAAGAAGAAGACGACCCCUGACACUAAAGGAGCUCCCAAGGCGGCUGCCGGAAAACCCAAAGCUGCAACCUCAACGGGGAAAACCAACAAACCCCCCACGCAGACACCCAAACAGAAAAACAAAAACAAGAAGAAGAAAUGAGAGACUGGAGACACGUACUCUUAUGAGGAUGACUAAAAGUAACCACAAGGCAUUUGUGUAUAACAAAUAAAAAUGUAUUUAUUUCUCUGUACACAAUGAGUAGAAAGCAGCCAGUAACCCAUUCGUUUUUAAAAAGCCUUAGAGUCACACACAUUUUUUUGUACAAAUUAAAAAAUAGAAAAAGGAAAAACGAA